AUGUACAAUCUUUUUCAGGAGAAGCUAAAACAAGUCUUCAGCUCACUGAAAGGAACCUUCACGUUGAAUUUGCACAAAUGGAGCCACACUAGUGAGUACAUCUUUUCCCAUGUCCAGUACAUGGAUGAAAAGUUCGACACCUUUGAACUUCCUUUGGGGUUGGUCAACCUCGAGCUAGUCGACGGCAAUGUGGACGUGGCUCUCGUCAAGAAUGCGUUCCUACAGGAGCUCAAAGGCAAAAUCAGCUUUGUCACCACCAACUUCGAGUUGGACCCCAAAGCGAAGAGCAUCGUCAGUUUUUUAAUGGGAAAUGGCGACAGUAUUGAAAACGACUUGGAUUUGGCUAUUUGUGUCAACUGUGACGACCGGGUAUUGCAAUGCUUUCCCUCGUUUGUUCUCGAGUCAUAUCACUGUUUCUUGAAGGAGUUGGCCAGUCCGUUGGAGUUGGAGAAGCUCAUGGGAACAGCUGUUCUUUUUUCACAAAAAGUCGAAUUUAUGUUCCAGUUGGUGAUCCAGGAGAACGCUCCCAAAGCCCUUAGUUUAGACUCGUACAACUUCAAACCGCCGAAGGAUAUUGAUGACAUCUACAAAACCCAUUUGAAAGACACAAACUCAAGCAAUAUCAUCUUUAGGACCAGAGCCUUGGUAAACAUGAAGAAGUACUUAGUUGACCCAAACCAGUUUACACCAUAUCAGUGGCAGUUACUUGAGUUCUUGUCUUACAUCUCGGUCUUCACGUACAAAUUAGUCUGUGACCACACCAGAACCCCCUCCUCCCACCAACUUCUUCAGCACCUCAAGUACGAGUUGUUUUUGUUCAACCAGAUGUUUGAGAUGUUUCCCAGCAAAUUCAACUUGUUGUCUAGAGGAAUCUACAAGGUAUUUGAGGAAUACUUCAUCAAGGUUGAGGCAUACCACAAGUCUUUGCAAACCAAAGCCGACAUUCUCAUGGCCACAUACUUGUCCCCCGACUCCAGAAGAUUUUUGCAGGCUUCAGACGUCCAAUCGAUUAGAACAGAGGUGUUCAAAAACAGGUAUCCCAUCUCCACCAUAGACUCGACUUUCGGUGAAGACGAGUCUCUUGGUGUGGUUGACGGGUUUGUGAUGGAGGCGUUCCAGUGCUCUGGCAGCUUGAGUCCCGAGUGUUUUCUGUUUGAGUCGUUCCCGUCUGGACGAUGUCCUACACGAGAUCUUGUUGGAUUCUGGAAAAAAAACCACCUUGACUUUCCCACAUUGGCAGCGGUGGCACGAAGAGUUCUUCCCAUACAAACCGGCACCGGUAGGGGCCUUGGAGAGUUUAAGGCCAACUUUGACCGCAUCCUAACUCUGGUGCAGCAGCUGCAAUUAUGUUCGAUUGAAUCGUUUUACUUUGUGUACUGUCUUUCACGGGAAAUUGACUUGAUAUGUGCUAGCUCCGGUGACACACGUAUCGAGCAGUUUCAACAUAGCUGCCACAAACCCACAAUUGUUCAUAAGAGCAGUAUCAGUGCCCGGGACUUACACUUGCCCCAGUCAGAUUAGAGAGGUAGAUUGAGUAGUUCAAUACAAC